GUGUCGUCCUGGGGGGAGGCGUCCGUUGACACUAGUGCUACAGUCUGCUGGCAUUAAUGCUGUAAGACCGAAAGGAGCUGCACUCAGAGUGUGGAAAAGUUCAUCAAAAGCUUCUUCAGCCAUGGAUCGUAGCACCAGUGGACUUUCCCAGAGACUGGCUGAGGCUGGCCAAUCUCACCUCCUGCACUUCUGGGAUGAGCUGAACCCUGAGGCACAGGCAGAACUGACUCUUGACCUCCAGGGGAUGGACUUUCAGGAGAUCAAUGGGUUCUUCAAGAAUGCUAUGGAGAUGUCCAGCAGCAACAAAGAUGAGAAGAUGGAUGCUCGCAUGGAGCCCGUGCCCCGGGAGGUUCUUGGUAGUGUGACAAGAGACAGAGAGUGUCUCAAAGACUGGGAGCUAGGAGGUUUGCAAUGCAUCUCUCAAAGCAAAGUGGCUGCUCUGCUGCUGGCUGGAGGCCAGGGAACCAGACUGGGGGUCUCUUACCCUAAAGGCAUGUACGAUGUAGGACUGCCAUCCCACAAAACCCUCUUUCAGAUUCAGGCCGAACGCAUUUUGAAGCUGCAAGAGUUGGCUGAGCAAAAGCAUAAAACUAAGUGCUGUAUUCCCUGGUACAUCAUGACCAGUGGCAGGACAAUGGAAUCCACUAUGGAAUUCUUCUCACGGCACAGCUACUUUGGUUUGGACAAGAAAAACGUCAUCUUCUUCCAGCAGGGCAUGCUACCUGCCAUGGACUACCAGGGCAAGAUCAUCCUGGAGAACAAAGGCAAACUCUCCAUGGCCCCGGAUGGGAAUGGAGGUCUUUACAGAGCCUUGGGGAACCAGGGCAUCAUGGAGGACAUGGAGCAAAGGGGCAUUCAGUUCAUCCAUGUGUACUGUGUAGACAACAUUCUGGUUAAAGUUGCAGACCCCUCCUUUAUUGGCUUCUGUGUAGGGAAGAAAGCAGACUGUGGUGCUAAGGUGGUGGAGAAAACCAACCCAACAGAGGCAGUGGGUGUGGUCUGCAAGGUGGAUGGGUUUUAUCAGGUGGUGGAGUACAGCGAGAUCACCCUGGCAACGGCUGAGAAACGCAGCUCUGACGGGCGACUGAUGUUCAAUGCAGGGAACGUGGCCAAUCACUUCUUCAGUUUUUCCUUCCUCAAAGACAUUGUACAGAAACAUGAGCCACAGCUGCAGCACCAUGUGGCACAAAAGAAGAUCCCAUAUGUGGAUUCACAUGGUCAGCUAAUCAAACCAGACAAACCAAAUGGGAUUAAAAUGGAAAAGUUCGUCUUUGACAUCUUCCAGUUUGCCAAGACCUUUGUUGUGUACGAGGUGCUGAGAGAGGACGAGUUCUCCCCACUGAAGAACGCAGACAGUCAGGAUGGUAAAGACACGCCCACCACAGCCAGACACGCCCUGAUGUCGCUCCAUCACCGCUGGGUCCUCAACGCAGGGGGCCACUUUAUCGACGAGAACGGCACACGAGUCCCCGCCAUACCCAGAGACGGAGCAGCAGGCAGUGUCACAGAUGAUGGCAGCAGAAACCUGAAGGACGGCACAGACCUGCCAAUCAAAUGCGAGAUCUCACCACUGGUGUCCUACGGGGGAGAGGGUCUGGAGGAGUUGGUGAAGGGACAAGAGUUUCAUCCGACUCUGAUGAUCGAUGAGAAAGGAGUCCACCAACUAGUGAAGAACGGAAUUUAGAAAAUUCUGCAGGGAUGAAGGGAGGGAGAGAGAGAUGGGGAGAGAGAAUCCAAAGACCACGCUCACUUUGUCUCUCAACGUUUGCUGGGGAAAAAAAGCUGUGACGUCACCGCUGUGCAAUAACACUGUCAGGUGUUCAUGUGUUUAUGAAAGAAGUCACAUUCAAAAUGAAUGAACGAGUAAGAUGAAGUGUACCGUUUACUUUUCAGCGCCAAGUUUCUUUGCUUCGUAUAUCGAUGCCACACUUACUUCACAUUUGUUUUGACGAGCACUUGAACAUAGCAUGAGAUGAAGGAGAAAAUCCCUGUCUUCAGGCGCAUCUAUUUAUUUUGCUUACGAGACUUAUUUUUGUAUUGAUAGAUGCUCUAUAGGUGGGAAUUACCAUCUAGUCAUUUUAUCUUUCUAUACAACAUUGUUGAAAUAAUCAGAAGGACUUUUUCUUACUAGCAUGUAAUCAAGGACUGGGGGGUAUUUAUGAUGUCUGCUUUUUUCUGCUUGUAAUCAUGAAAGAAUAAAUCUGAUUCAGCUUUAAGAAAUGCUAUAAUUUCUAUCAUCUUUAUUAAAGACACUUUCCUACAAGGAAACCCU